UAUUUUUUUAAUUUAAAAUUUAAAAUUUUCAAUAAAGCUCAUUGCCACAGAGGACCAUCUGCCCCAGUUUGGAUACUCUUGGUCUUGGUAGAGGCUCAAAUGGCUAGGAAGCUAAGUAAGCCUUCACUAAAGAAACAAUCAUUUUUCAAGGUCCUGCUUGGCGACUUCUAUCAGCAUCUGCGUUUACCACCUGUGUUUAUCGAGAAGUUAGAUGGGCAAUCACUUCCCAAAUGUGCUCUUAGAGGCCCUAAUGGGAAACUGUGGACUGUGGAAUUGGAAGAGAGGGAGAAUGGCUUUUUCUUCCAUGAUGGUUGGCAGGGUUUUGUGAGGGAUCAUUGUUUAGAAAUCGGAAAUUUUUUGGUUUUCGACUAUGAUGGUGACUCAAAGUUUGAUGUCACAAUUUAUGAACCAACUGGCUGUGAAAAGGAUGUAGAAGCAGCCAAGAGGAGAAAUGGUAAUCCUGUUUCCUCUGUCAAAGAUGAAAUUGUUGACAUUGAGACUGAAAACUACAACAAAGAAAGUAAAAGCAAAACCAUCAAUGCUGAAAGAACAAGUCGCAAGUAUGUCAUGUCUGGAAAGAGACCUGCAAAUGACUGUGUAGAAGAAACAUCAACUGGAUCCAUCUUGUUCAAAUCGGAGAAUUCAUGUUUCAUAAAAAUUCUGACGAAAAUACUAUAUCCAGUGACAGUUCCAAAGGAACUAGCCAUAGCUGAAGGUCUUGUGAGGCAGAAGAGUGUAAAGCUUCAAGAUCCAGCUGGGAGAUCAUGGAUUGUUAAACUUAGAGUCCACAGGUCACCGUAUCUUCGUUUCGACAUGACGAAAGGUUGGGCAAAAUGUUGUAGAGCAAACCAGAUUUCACAAGGGGACACCAUCGUUUUUGAGUUUGUGAAACCAAGUGUAAUGCAAAUUCAUAUCUACAGAGGAGGAAGAGUUGGAGGCAGUGGGUGUUCUGUUGUACUCGUUAACCCCGGCCUGAAAACCUAAGCUAUUUUUACUCUAGAGUUUCGCAUUGCGAUACUUUUAAAAAAUGUUUGACUGCAAUCCAUUUUGGCUAAGUGAUGAUCUUCUUGUAUUUUAUUAGGUUAGUUUUCAUUUUCCAGUCAUUCUUUCUACUACUCUUUAGUGCCGCCUGUGAAAUAUUUAACGAUUGUUUUACUUGA